UUGAGAAACUCCAAUAAGUCUCGCCCUGCUUCAAACUCCUGCAUUGGCCCCCUAGGCCCCCUAUUCCUUCACAUCGGAAUUAUCUUAUUCCCAUUUCACCCGUCUGUGGCUGGUUCUCGCCCUCGUAAGAUCUGCAAAAACCAACUCACAAAAAUACAACGCCCAGCCGUGGUUGGCCGCUCUCAACAGAAUGGACCGUCUGGCGCAGAGGUUGCAGCAGGAAUCCAAUAAACUGGGGAAAUCUACCCGGUUACGAUGUUUCGCUUCUCGUAUUUCAGACCGACUCGACAGCACAUGAUGGGUAAAAUAUCGUAUACUCAAGACAGAUCCCCAUCAGUAAAGUCUUGGACGAUUUUAGACUUCGGUACCCGACUCGUACUCUGUGUUCUCCAGAUUUCUCUCGGCCGACUCAUGUGUGAUGCCCAGCAGCGCCAGCAGUUAGUUACACGAGUCACCAAUUGCGCCUUAGGGGAAAGUGUCUGUAAAACAGGGGGCUUACGGUCCAUGAUCAUCGCCUCUAACUCAUGCUCCUCGACCCAGACAAACCUCAGGGAUUUCAUCGACGAGUUACAACUUACCUGUCAUCAAUAAUAAAUUUAUGUGUGUAUGUGUACACAAAUGCCUGUCAGAAAGGCGCAUGGCGGUACGCCUCAUGUUGCGCUUCACAAUCCAGACCAUCAGGCUGGGAGUUGAUUAUGGAGAUGAUCUGGGCAGUAAAAAAUUAACCCCCAAUUGCCGCACACUACACCAUAAGGGUACAUCAGAUCUCCAGACCAGCUGCGUCAUACUUUAGACCCCUGGCUUGGGUGCUCCAUCGGUCGUUUUUGAGGGGCUUAGCGGUAGCCGAGAUUGGCUCUGCACAUCAGACAGAAAAGGGAGAGAAUCCAUUUUGCCCAGGAAAAGACGAAGGAUCGUGAGAAGUUGUCGAGAUUCUAAUGGCUCCUUCAAAGUCUUGGCUCCGUCGUGGGAUCCAGUUCUCGGGUGCAUGCUCGUCUCUGCUGUGUCUGCAUGGCUGUGCUGCUCCGCGUCUGGUACCUUUUUAUAGAACAUUCCGGAAAAUCGUCCCACCCUUGUAACCUAGCCUGGUGUCUGUUCGCCCCAAGGAAUACGCCAAAAACGGCCGUGUGGAUCUUUAUCCCUACUGGACGAGACUCAGCUCGGCGCCUGUGCUGUGUUGUUAUUGCGCUGACCAACAUUUUGUGCACUUUGUCUGAGACGGACUGUCGGAUGAACUCUCGUA